AACACAAGAAGAUGAACGGUGGCAACGACUUUUAAAAACUUGACUGAUCCCUCCAACCACAACAAUCAUACCACACGGCUCUACUAGCUAGUCUAGCUAGGCAUGUAGUAGCGGCAACAGCGGCAACAACAUCCCCGACAAAAGCAGCAGCAACAGUCAAGGCGUCAACCUACUGAACGGUACUACUAGCUAGUACGGGUACAUCUACUUGUAGUGGUGGUCAUCAGCAGAACUACUACCGUUGCCAGUACCGUACUGGUACUGACAAGUACGCAGAAUCGCAAGUUUGGUCGGUGGCUGGAGAACACGCGCGGCAUCCCGUACCGGUAUCUGGUGCUGUUCUGCGUCCAUCGAAUUGGUCACGCUCGCGCCCUCGGCGAGAACUUGAAAGACUUAGUUCUACUAGUACUCAAGCCAGUGGAUCCAUGGAGGUGCUGCCACCAUUGCCAAUGACACCAGCACAAGAAGCAGUAACAGCAGCAGCAACACCAUAACCAUGUCUGCUGAAGAUACACAAGCUACUACCGGUAUGCAUAAGGAUACCAUGACAAUGGAAAUGCUGGAUCAGCUGCUGGCUACACUCCUAUUGGCAGUCAUUGGAAAGAUCCAUCAGGAACUCCACGAGGAGCGCCAACGGCUCAGACAGCCAGAACCUGAAUCAUACCUGUCCAAUCAGUACCUGACCAUUCUAUUCUCCAACGCCCUUGGCCAGGUGGCACUCGACUAUCCUGCCCUGGCGUUUCCUCUGGUCUUCUUUAUGAAGAAGCAGGCAAGGGCUGCGGAUAGAGAUAGGCAGAGACAAGCCUCAGCCUCACAAGGUAAGACCGUACUGUUACAGCAGGAACAGGCAGAGCAACCACGGUAUCAGUCACCGCUGACACAAGAACAAACACAAGAACAGCUGAUGCAGCAGUUAGAACAACUUUUGCCAGACAUUGCAAGGAGGAUUCAAGCCGCAUCGUCACUAGUACCGGUACCGGUACCUGUGGUGAACCCUGCGCCGAGCAACGGAAACACUGAUGGGGCUGGUUUACAUAUCAACCAUCACAGCAAUACUGCUGGUUUCGAUGCAGCUGCCACUCAAGGAAGCAACUGUCACUAUGCCGCUCUUCCGUCCAACCAGAAGGCUUCCCAUGUGUCUCUGGGGGCACAAAACGACAAAGCUGCUUCCAGGCCAGUGAGUGAACCUGCACCACAGGCAAAGCAGCCAGCAGUACCAAUCCAACAGGUGCAGCAAAUGCUGCGGCUGCUGCAGCAACUCCCACCGAGUCAACAUCAAUCUCUAUUGCAAUCGACGCAUGGAGGUACCGGUACCGGUACUGAUACGGUUGGUGCACAACAGAGAAGCCAUAACGAUGGAACUGAAAGCCAUCCUACCUCAAUCACAGGUCCGCCACCCUCGCAACAGCAGCAGCAGCAGCAGAUCACGCCAAGUGAUCUUCAAUCCUUGUUGCAAGCCUCGCAAAAGGGCGGGUAGGCCAACAAUUGGUGCCAUGAACCGCGGGUCUACACGAACGACUAAGGACACGUUGCUACUUUACCAAAAAGCUUUGUCGUUAUGAGAUAUACUUUCUGC